CGUAGUACUGUCUCCUCCCUCCCAACAUGGCUGCCUUCAGGAGCGGGGUGACACCGAGCUGCUUAGCAAGAUGUUUCCUGAGACAGACUGGGAAACUGAGCCGGGGCAGUCCCGUUCUUCCAAGCAUUCAGAACCAACUGCUGCUGCAGAGCUCCAGCCUGCACACACUGUUCGGCUGCAGCCGUCCUUUCAGCAGGUCUCAGAUCAGCUGCAGACACCGUGGAAAGUUCGUCUGGGUCAGCGCUGUGGCAGUCAGACAGAACAGCUCACUGCCUGUCGAUGGAUCGACAUCAGCUGCUGUCCUGCAGUCCUCUGCAGUUUCCCUCCCUGCUGACCCGGCCCCUUCCCUCACACAGACAGCCUCCCAACAGAUCCCAGCUGAAGGUAUUUCUGCGGCCGCCUCAGUAGCGGACAGCUCUGCCUCUCUGCCCGCCGACGCCUUGGCCGUUCUGGCGCAGCAGGCGGCCGACGCCGCUCCGGUCGCAGCAGACAUCCUGCAGGCCGUGGCUGCAGAGCCCAGGCUGGCGGAGCUGGGCCUGGCCGGCUACACUCCGGUGGGUCUGAUCCAGAAUCUCCUGGAGUUCUUCCACAUGGAUCUGGGCCUGCCCUGGUGGGGCGCUAUCGUCGUCGGAACGGUUCUGGCCCGUUUGGCCGUGUUUCCCGUCAUAGUGAAAGGUCAGAGAGAAGCGGCCAAACUGAACAACGUCCUGCCCGAGAUGACCAAGCUAACCGAAAAAAUGAACGAGGCCAAGCAGAGCGGAAAUAAAUACGAAUUCGCCAAGGCGUAUUCUGAUCUGAACCUGUUCCAGAAGAAACACGACGUGAAUCCUCUACGAGGCUUCCUGGUUCCUUUGAUCCAGGCGCCAGUCUUCAUCUCGUUCUUCAUCGCUCUGAGGAAGAUGGCGUAUCUGCCGGUGCCCAGCUUACAGACGGGAGGCGUCCUCUGGUUCACUGACCUGAGUGCAGCUGAUCCGUUUUACAUCCUUCCUUUCAUUGUCACUGGGACCAUGUUCUUCAUCCUGGAGCUGGGAGCAGAGUCUGGCAUCGACAACCCAAACCUGCGAACCAUGAAGACCGUCUUCAGAAUCAUGCCUUUGAUCAUCCUCCCUCUCACCAUCAACUUCCCCACGGCGGUGUUCACCUACUGGCUCACCUCCAACUGCUUCUCCCUGGGUCAAGUGGCUCUGCUCAGGCAUCCUGCAGUCAGACGGAGGUUCAACAUCCCAGAGAGGGUGAAACACCCGGCCGCAGAGCUGCCUCAGAGCGAUGGACUUAUUGAGAGCAUGAAGAAAGGAUGGAAGAACGCUCAGCUGGCUCACCAGCUGGAGGAGAGAGAGAGAAGGAUAAAGAGUCACCUGGACAUCGCAGCUAAAGGUCCACUGAGGCAGACUUUUACCCAUAAUCCUCUGCAGCAGACACCUCAAGGCGCUAAGCAACAGAAAAUCAAAGCAAAGUCAUGGAAGGACACGAUUGGAUGAAUCCAGCUGUUUUUUUGCUCCUCUGUAGAGAAUUAUGUACAUAUUUAUAGAGAGAAGAGAAGGACGAAGUGUUGGGAUGUGAUUAUGUAUUCUAAGGAAAUAUAAAUUCUGCUUUAAAACUUCA